AUGUCGACCAAAGCUCGAAAUUUGGUUCACCUCCUCGUCUUACUAGUAUUUUCCACUCUCGUCUUCACCUUCGAAUUGGAUUUCGAUGAUCUAGAUUUGGAGUUUUCCGAUGGAAACAUGUUAAAACCAUCGAACAAUAAACUAAUGGCCAUCAAGGCCUCGAAUAAUUCCUUGCUUUGGGGAACUUACCGACCCAAUUUAUAUUUCGGUAUUAGACCAAGGUUGCCUGAAAGUUUGAUGACAGGUUUACUAUGGUUUGGAGCGGAUGAUUAUAAAGGUUUCUGGCAAAUGAGGCACGCAUGUGAUCAAUCGGAUGAGCUGGACGAAUAUAGUUACAAAAAGCAUGAUGGUCGUUCUUUUGCCAUGCAGACGAUUACCGACAUAAAAAAUAAUCUUGUGUUAAAGACUGAAUUCUUGAAAGCUCCUGGUGGUGAAAAUGGCGGAGAUUGGGCUGUUCGUAUCACUGGAGAGCCAAUUGUAGAUGAGGUUUCUUCAGCAAUAUCAUUUUUAUAUUAUUUUGGGUUAGAAGGAGAAGGAUCUUUGGAUUUGUUGAAUGAUCCGGAUAAAUCGGGAUUAAAGGGUCCGGUUGAACUGAGUGGAGAAACUCCCGAACUCGGAAAAUUUCGUAUUCGAGUAGUAGAAGAUUCACUUAAUAGGAUGCCAAGGAUUAUAACAUCCACUGAUUUAAACAAAUACCCAAAUGAUUUAAAAAAAUUCCAGUACUGGGGACACUUGGUACCCGACGGUGAAGUCUGGCGAGCCAAAGAUUAUUUAAAUGGCAUGUUCACAACGAAACUAAGUAAUUUUCAGCCACAAAAUGAUGCCUAUCCACCGCCACCGUUCUUGUUCGCGUUGAAUAAUGAAGUGGGCGAGAAUUCAAAUUUCUUUGUCAUUCAGAAGAUGGUCGACACUCCUUUUCAGUUUGAUAUAUUUUUUGAAUCCGAUUCAUCGCCUGCACACAUUGACGAUUUAUCCAACCUUUUAAAAACAAGUUCGCGGGAUUUUGAUGCAAGAUUCGAAAGAACAUUUGGACUUUCGGAAAAGGGAUUUGAAAAAGAUCAUAUAUAUUUUGCUCAGGCCAUGAUGAGCAAUUUGAUCGGUGGUAUUGGAUAUUUUUAUGGAUCAAGUAUUGUAGACAAAUCUUAUGUGGAUGAUGUUGACAAGGACGAACAAAAUCUUGAGGACAAGAGAGAAGCUGAUCCACAGCUAACCCCUCCGGCGUCGUUAUUUACAGCAACACCGUCACGACCGUUUUUUCCGAGAGGAUUUUACUGGGACGAAGGAUUUCAUCAACUAUUAAUUGGAUCAUGGGAUAACGAUCUGAGCUUGGAAAUUAUCAAGAAUUGGGUAUCACUCAUAGACGACAAUGGCUGGGUGGCUCGCGAGCAAAUCUUGGGUGAAGAGGCCAGGAGCAAAGUUCCGCAAGAAUUUCAGACACAAUAUCCUCAUUAUGCGAAUCCCCCUAUGAUAUUAAUGGCCAUUUGCUCAUUUAUUGAGCGGUUGAAUAAUGUCACCAGUUUUACUCAAUUUAAUGUUGAAGUCAACCAAGAUCAGAUAGCCCUCGGUCAACUAUCCUCCACUACUGAUCCCGAAAUUCUACCGAAUCGUCAUCUGCAUGAUCCUGAACUUGCAAAAGGUUAUCUUGCAGAAAUUUACCCCAAAUUGCGCGCUAAUUAUAAAUGGUUUAGGAGAACCCAAUGGGGUGAGAUUAAAGAGUGGGGACGAAAGGCAACCAGCAAGGAGGCUUAUAGAUGGCGCGGUAGAACGCCCGGACAUACAUUGACUUCCGGACUUGACGAUUACCCUAGACCCAGUCCACAUCCUGCCGAGUUACACGUGGAUCUGAUGUGCUGGGUUGGAUUCAUGGCAAGAUCUCUUAUGAGAGUUGCCGAAAAAUUGGGUAAAGACGAUGACAUUGAAGAUUUUACCAAACAGUAUAAAAACAUAUUGGCUAAUCUUGACGAUCUACAUUGGAGUGAGGAACAUAAAGCAUACUGUGAUGUUUCUGUUGACGAAAACGAGGAAUCUGUUCAUGUGUGUCACAAAGGAUAUCUCUCCCUGUUUCCGAUGCUGCUUGGUUUUUUACCAAAUAAUUCAACAAAGCUUGGAGCAAUAUUGGACAUGAUGCAUAAUCCUGAUGAGUUAUGGUCACCAUAUGGAUUAAGAUCACUAUCAAAAUUAGAUGAAUAUUAUAACACAGGAGAAAACUAUUGGGUGGGACCAGUUUGGAUCAACAUCAAUUAUCUCGCGUUGUCCUCUUUGUAUACGAAUUACGCAUCAAAACCUGGUCCAUAUCAAUCCAAAGCAAAGACCAUAUACAAAGAGUUGCGAAAUAAUAUAAUAAAUAAUGUUUAUAAUGAAUUUAAAAAGUCUGGAUAUGUGUGGGAGCAGUACUCCUCUAUAAAUGGAGAAGGAAAAAGAAGUCAUCCAUUCACAGGAUGGACUUCCCUAGUGGUGCUAAUUAUGGCAGAAAAAUAUUAG